GUUUCAAACCUUAAAUGCAUGCCUAUAGGCUUCAACCAUACACCUUCAUUAUAAUUUAUACUACACCCUCUCUUCUCUUUAUCUCUCUUACCUAUUUCUUUCUGUUUAUGGCAUGACCAAAUGAAAACAAGGUGCUUCUGCUUUUCACUCCCAUCAGUGGUUUUCACUUGUUAUGCUCAACUUCACUUACAUUUUUGGUGCCAUAUUAUUUCUCACCUUUAACAAGAUCGGUUCUUGCAUUUAAAACAAAAUAUUUUGUGACCGAAGAAAACAACCCUUUGGUUGAAUAAACAUGACUGUUAUUCCCACAGAAAAGUUAAGGGUGUUUUGUAUUCUGCUUUGUUUUUUACUGGCUGUGGCUGCGUUCUUAGCUGGGUAGAUAAACAACUCUAGACGGAGAAAACAAAGUUACCUCAGUGUUUACAUUUUGUAUUUUUGUUUUUUGCCUCUGGAUUUUGGGCAUCUGAGCUGUCUAGAAUGCCAAAAGGUGCAUCUUUUUAGUGGUUAUUGUAUGAUAUAUUUCAUUCAUUCUUCUAUUUCAACUAAAGUUUGGGCGUGGAGAAUUUUUGUCCGAAAAUCUGAAAACGAGUUAGUUUUUUUAUCCACGAAGAUCCACCAGAAAGGUUUGAUUUUGCAGUUUAUUUUACAUCUUUGCGGUAACACAAACCUCUGAUCAAAAGGAUCAAAUUGGGUAGUUGAGUUAGAGGAAUGUGAAGGGCCUAAGAUUUAGGGGGGUCAUAUAGGAUUCUGUGAUGUGUUUAGUUUAUUUAUGGGCAUAAAACCUGGAAUAGAAAGAAGUCACCUUUUGACAAGUUCAUAGAACUAGAAGCAAAUAAAGUGUUGAGAUUUCAUUUCAAGGCUUGUGUUUAUGCAUGGUAGGAAGCAUCAUGGAAGUAGUUAGUAAUGAGUACUCAAAUGGCUCUGUUCAGGCCUGCAAUGGUUCGGAGGAGAAGCUUGAUGAUCUUCGCAGCCUUGUUGGGAAGGCUGAUGGUGAUCCUUUGAGAAUUGUGAGUGUUGGUGCUGGUGCUUGGGGCAGUGUUUUUGCUGCUUUGUUGCAAGAUACUUUUGGCCAAUUCCGUGAUAAGGUGCAAAUCAGGAUAUGGAGAAGGCCAGGAAAGACUGUUGAUAGAGCAACAGCAAAACACCUUUUUGAAGUUAUCAACUCCAGGGAGGAUGUGUUGAGAAGGUUGAUCAGGCGUUGUGCUUAUCUGAAAUAUGUUGAGGCCAGGCUUGGUGAUAGGACUCUCCUAGCUGAUGAGAUUCUGAAAGAUGGAUUUUGUUUGAAUAUGAUAGAUACACCACUUUGUCCAUUGAAGGUGGUCACAAACUUGCAAGAAGCUGUUUGGGAUGCUGAUAUUGUGGUUAAUGGUUUGCCUUCAACAGAAACAAGGGAGAUUUUUGAAGAGAUAAGUAAAUAUUGGAAGGAGAGAAUCACGGUUCCUGUGAUAAUCUCUUUGGCAAAGGGUAUAGAGGCUGCAUUGGAGCCUGUUCCCCAUAUUAUAACUCCCACAAAAAUGAUUAACCAAGCAACUGGAGUGCCUAUGGAGAAUAUACUUUAUCUUGGUGGUCCAAAUAUUGCCUCAGAAAUCUACAACAAGGAGUAUGCCAAUGCUCGAAUAUGUGGAGCUGAUAAAUGGAGGAAACCUCUGGCAAAGUUUCUACGUCAACCUCAUUUUAUUGUCUGGGACAACAGUGACCUUGUCACCCAUGAAGUCAUGGGUGGCUUGAAAAAUGUCUAUGCUAUUGGUGCAGGUAUGGUAGCAGCCCUUACCAAUGAGAGUGCUACCAGCAAAUCUGUAUACUUUGCACACUGCACAUCAGAGAUGAUAUUUAUCACUCACUUGUUGGCUGAAGGACCUGAGAAACUUGCAGGGCCAUUAUUGGCUGACACUUAUGUGACUUUACUAAAAGGUCGUAAUGCAUGGUAUGGCCAGAUGCUAGCUAAGGGUGAAUUAAGCCCAGACAUGGGUGACAGCAUCAGUGGCAAAGGAAUGAUUCAGGGUGUUUCAGCAGUGGAGGCCUUUUUUGAACUUUUGAGCCAUUCAAGCCUGAAUGUGUUGCACCCAGAAGAAAACAAACCGGUUGCUCCUGUUGAACUUUGCCCCAUUCUGAAGACACUCUAUAAAAUAUUGAUAUCCAGGGAACACUCUUCAUCAGAAGCUAUUCUCCAAGCUCUGAGAGAUGAAAAUCAGAAUGAUCCCCGUGAACGCAUUGAGAUUGCACAAAGCCAUGCUUUCUACAUGCCUUCACUUCUUGGACAAUCAUGAUUAUUUUUUUACCUUGCCAAAAUUAUCCAUUUUUAGAAUGCAGCAUUUUAUGAUGGAUUUUGCAAUUCAUACAAGUAUAGUGAAUUUUAAUCUAUUAUGGUUCUCAUCGUUUCCUAA